GCGCCCGCCCCACCCCGCCCCGGCCUCGGCCCGCCGGGCCCGCAGUGUGGUGGAGUGCCUGCUUGCUGUGCCCUCGGGUUAUGACGACCCCCAAUAAAGGAAACAAGGCCUUGAAGGUGAAGCGGGAGCCGGGAGAGAAUGGCACCAGCCUGACAGAUGAGGAGCUGGUGACCAUGUCAGUGCGGGAGCUGAACCAGCACCUGCGGGGCCUGUCCAAGGAGGAGAUCAUCCAGCUGAAGCAGCGCCGGCGCACGCUCAAGAACCACGGCUAUGCCGCCAGCUGCCGCGUGAAGCGGGUGACCCAGAAGGAGGAGCUGGAGAAGCAGAAGGCAGAGCUGCAGCAGGAGGUGGAGAAGCUGGCCUCGGAGAAUGCCAGCAUGAAGCUGGAGCUCGAUGCCCUGCGCUCCAAGUACGAGGCCCUGCAGAACUUCGCCAGGACCGUGGCCCGAAGCCCUGUGGCGCCAGCUCGGGGUCCCCUUGCUGCUGGCUUGGGGCCCCUCGUCCCUGGCAAGGUGGCCGCCACCAGCGUCAUCACGAUAGUAAAGUCCAAGACGGACGCCCGGUCGUAGGGACGCGCUUGCCCAGGCGGGUCUGCAAGGGGCCAGUAGGCACAUGGCAAAUUCAGCAGCCCUGUCCCCUUCUCCCUCCCUCCUCUUCUUCCUCUUCUCUUCUUUUCCUCCUCUCCUACCUCCUCCCUUCCCUGCAAAGCACAACCUGCACCCCAGGGGCGCCGGGCUGAGCCCCUUUGAUCUCGUCGUUGUCAUCGUGUGUUUUGUACGUUGGGAUUGGUCAGUUUGGUGGUGACGUGGGGUCGCCCCCGCCCCCUUUGUACCAUGGGCAGGUGGGCUUGGAGUCCAGAGUCGGCCUGUGGGAGUGGACAGAGAGAAAGAUUGACCGGGUGCUCUGGGGCACAUGUGUCCCUGAGCAGGGAGGGCUGCAGGGCAGGAGAGAGGCUGUUCUCGCUGCAGAA